AUGUGGGGAUCGGUAUUAGCUCGGUUACGGUCUGCUUGCACCGUGUCGAUCUCACGUUGUUCCACCAAGAUGUCGAGCCAGGUCCGACCGACAACGAGCGGGGUUUCAUAUUUUCACUCGUUGGCGCUUCCGGCCAAAGCUUCCCCACUCGCUAACCAAUGCUCCGUACCAGUCGUGGUUAGAUCGAAUUUACUGCAAACACGUCUAGUACCGCUGCUGAACUUUGCCAGCGGUUUUAAAGUAAAGGGUCGACUGAAGCGACGUUGCAAGGAUUGCUACUUUGUGAUGCGUCAGGAGCGGCUGUACGUUAUUUGUAAAACGCAUCCGCGACACAAGCAGAUGUCGAUGAAAAAACAUGAUCGCAACACGUGGAUACUAACCGACGCCACACAGGGAAAAAUCAGAGCGUGGUAA